AGCAUCAUCAUCAUCAUGUCGUCGUCAUCAUCAUCAUCCAAUACAAUGAACUAUAAAGUUCCAUCUACAUCCAAAAUCUCUGUAGAUAAACUAUUGAGAGUUGGAUAUUAUGAGCUAGAAAAGACAAUUGGUAAAGGAAAUUUUGCUGUAGUUAAAUUAGCUUCGAAUAUUGUUACCAAGACAAAGGUGGCAAUAAAAAUUAUCGACAAGACAUGCCUAAAUGAGGAAUAUUUGGCGAAAACAUUUCGAGAAAUUGCAAUACUCAAAGAAAUGCAUCAUCCGCACAUCACACGUUUGUACGAAGUUAUGGAAUCUCAGACCAUGAUCUAUCUUGUAACUGAACAUGCAGCGGGGGGAGAAAUUUUUGAUCAUUUAGUUGAAAAUGGUCGCAUGAAGGAACCGGAAGCGGCAAGGGUAUUCACCCAAUUAGUAUCCGCUGUGCAAUAUUGCCACUCCAAAGGAGUGGUACAUCGUGAUCUCAAAGCAGAAAAUGUCCUGCUAGAUAAAGACAUGAACAUAAAGCUUGCUGAUUUUGGAUUCAGCAAUAGAUAUAAUGAAGGAACUCCACUAAAAACUUGGUGUGGUUCACCACCGUAUGCUGCCCCCGAAGUAUUCCAAGGACUUGAAUAUGAUGGACCAAAGGCAGAUAUAUGGAGUUUGGGGGUGGUGCUUUAUGCUUUAGUAUGUGGAGCAUUGCCUUUCGAUGGAAAAACACUACUAGAUCUAAAAAGUAAAGUAGUCCUGGGAAAGUUUAGGAUUCCAUAUUUUAUGUCGCAAGAUUGCGAAAGUCUUAUACGUAAUAUGCUUGUCGUUGAACCAGAUCGACGUUACACUCUCAAACAAAUUAUCAAACAUCGUUGGCUUAGUGAAUGGUCUGGAGACAUUGAGAUAACUUCCACUAUCACCCGCAAUCAAUCAGUCAUCGAACCGACAAAUCUCGAUUCGGUAGUAAUGACACACAUGCUGCAAUUGCCCGGUCUAACAGCUGAUAUGAUUGCACAAUCGGUGCACGAGAAUCGUUUUGAUAAAAUCUAUGCCAUAUACAACCUCCUUAACGAUAAACUCCAAGAGAAACGAAGAGAACAGCAAAGACUGCAACAUCAUGCCAACUUGGCCUACUCUAGGUCGCGAAAAACAAGCAUUACAACGGGCGUUGUGGACAGAUCAGAGCCCAUGAAACAGGAGUCGGCAGAUCGAUUGAGUCCGCUAACAAAUGCCUCAUGUCCAAGUGCGGGAUUACUGGGCUGGACUGAUGUCUCUGUGGAUUUGGAAAAUUUCGGUGAAUUAGAAUUGGAGUGUCUGACACGUCCAAAUGAGCAACAAGCAAACAAUCAAAACCACUUGAGCGCUAACAAUGCGGCUGCAAAUGGUAGCAACACAAGGCGACACACAGUUGGACCGGGUGAUGUUGCACACGAACAAGCUCUAGCCAAUCCCAAUGCCAUUAAUCCAAUUAACUUCAAGUGUCCGCCAGAAAAUGAGGGUGGCCCAUAUCUGCCAAUGAAUUUGCCUAUGCUUCAAAAUCAACCACUGCACAAUUUAACGAUAAAGGAUCAGCAUUUAUUAAAGCCACCUACGGUCAUGGGUGCAACUGGUGCAUUUGGAAGAAGAGCUUCAGAUGGUGGAGCUAAUCUUCGUAUAUAUUAUCCAUCGUCGAUGAAUAAUGUCCAACAAACACAAACGCAACCACAAAUGGAAGGCUAUUAUACAAAUACAAGUAUUGCUGGUGGAGUUUGCAGCUCAGGAGUUGACCAUGUAACUGGAAAUCAAAUUUUGUGUGAACAAACUCAACUGCAACAACAACAACAGCAACAAGCUCAUCUAAAUAUGAUGGGAGAAGCCAUGAUGGGUCAUUCAAAUACUCCUGAAGUAAAUGAGGAGUCAAGUGAUGAAAUUCAAAGGUACAUGCAAGCUCGAGGUUGUUCGAAGCGACACACAGUCGGAUGUACAGAUGACAUAUCUGCCACACAUCAUUCAGAAGCAAUCGGAAUGGAUCAGCCAAAUCUAUCACAUUCACCAGCGCCACAAUCGGGUGGUGGCGGGCGCACAAGACGUACAGGUCUUCUCACUGUUAUGGAUCGUCCGCCAGUGAUUAGUCCGGAACUGAUUAGAGAAGUUGAAUCGCGCAUGAAUCGCAAUUAUCUUCCGCCGGCCCUUAAACUGCAAUGUUCGAGCGGUGGGCUUAGUCAAAGUCCUCCGGCGGGCCCUCAAUGCGGCCCAAGUCCUUCUUGUUCCUCUGCAUUAACAUCAACGUCAUCAGCUGCAGGGGCAAGUUUAAGCAACAGACGCUUUGGUAGGGCUUGCAAAUUGCUACCUACAGUCCAAGAAGUUGGUCGCUAUAGUCCAGUACGUCGAGCAUCUGAAGGAUCAAAAGCACAAUUCCAAGGACCAUUGCAAGAAUGUCAGUAUCUACAAAAAGGUAUAGCACAGCGCAACUUUUUAGUUGCUCCAAGCCCACCGCUUUUAGAGAACUCAAUUAGCUUGCCUGGUUCACCAAUUCAUGGCAGACCAAUCAUAAAUGUCAUACAAAAUCGAGGUCAAAACAUCGAAGUACCUCAAGAUGCUAUGAUGAAUCUAGUACCCGCUCUAAAUCGUCUCGUCAAAGAGCAUCGCAUUAGUGGUGAAAUUGCUAAAAAUAUUGUUUCAUCCGGCUUAGUUCCAUUGGAAUUGGCACAAUUUUUAGGUUUAAUAGCGCAUUCCGGUCAGCAAUGUAAUAUGCAACAACAAAUGUACAGCUAUAGUGUUAAUCCACUAUCUGCACCUUCAACAAGCAAUACUAGCAGUAAUGUUAAUGUGGGCGUUCCACUUGGAUCAGGCAUGCAAUUUCCAAAGCACAUGACAAAUCCAAUUCCAAACUUUUGCAAUUCAUCACAAAACAAUCCAAGUUUGGUGGGACAGUUUAGUAAUAUUAAUUUAACUGGCAGUGGUUGUGGCCAAAACUGUGGAUGUCAAUCUCCAGUUUACAACAGCUUCAGUGGGUGUUCAUCUCCAAAUCCAUACAUCUUCAAUGCACCAGCUGCAUCUUCGCCAAUGCAUCAAAUCACAAAAGGAUUCAGUGUUCUGACGACGAGUGGAGGUGGUGGCUCUAUAACAAGAGGAACAUCGGCGGCUAUUGAAAAUGCCUCAAAUCAGCCACUAGACUUGUCAAUGGACGUGUGCUCCUCGGAUGCGAUGAAUUCUGAUUUGUUUGCAUGUCCAUCUCAACAGCAACCUGGUGGUAGCUGGUUCAUACCACCAUCCUAUUAUGACUUGAAGCCACUGAAUUUGUCACCCGCACAACCUGUUCGCAUUGUUCCAACGCCACCCGCUUCGCCAAAUCUUUGUAUAAUUCAAGAGGAGAAUGCCAACGGCCACAUAAGCCACACAAUCUCAGCUGGCCUACCAUACGGUGCUAUGAGUUUCGCCAAUGAGGAAUUCUCAGCGUGUCAGCCAUCACAUCCACAAAUCUGCCUCACUGAUGUCCAAGGAAGUGAGAUCACACUUGUUGCACUGUCCUCUGAGAACAGUCGAGACAGUGAUUGUGACUCUCUGGAGCCAAAUAUGCCAUCACUGGCCUUGCAAGGUCUCAUUAUCACAGAACCUUCGAAUGACAUGCCAUCGAUUACACGGGGAGUCGGUCGCAAAGCAAGUCUCGAGAGUGAGAACAACUCCAGACUUGACACAGAACCGUCAUCGUCAGCCUGCGGUGCUACCAGUGGUUCAAAUCGUCGAGGAAGUGAUAAGUCACUAGGAUUUAGUGACGAUAGUCUGAGUAAUGAUUCCAACAACCUGUCACCAUGCCAGGAACCAUCAGCAAGUUCGGGGUUUAAAAGUGAUUCUCAUUCAGAAAUUGGUGAUCAAACCGAAGGCCGUAUGAGUCCCGAUUCGAUUUGUGAUUCUCGAAUGUCCGACGAGUGCUACGAGGUGCCACUGCCACACGAAUGCUCCAAUCUAGAUUCCACACGUAUCCUGCAAUUGGUAAAGCAAACAAUAGACUCAACUAUGCCACCCAAGGGUUUUGUUCUGAACAAAGGAAAUGUAGCAAACGAUGGAUGCGAAGGUGUGAGUGCUAAAUCGAGUACUUCUUCAUCUGGAACAGGUAUGAGUUUAAGUUCAACUGGAUCUGGAGACUCAGAUAUGCCAGUUGAUAUAUCUAAUUUAAGUUUAGAAUAUUCGGGUGGCUUGCAAAUUGAGUUGCAAGUUUGCGAAGGUAGAAAUAAGGAUAACAAAGGAAUUAAGCUGAGAAGAAUAUCUGGCGAUCAGUUUGAAUAUGGUAAAUUGUGUCAGCAACUGAUAAGCACAUUAAAUGUGUAAAUUUGAAUGUCCAAUGAGUUCGAUAUAACUCGGUUCUAAAUAAGUAAGUUUUUUUUAAUUUAAUCUGUGCGCUUUGGAGUUUUCGAAAUAAUUUUAAGUUGCUCAAUGCCGCCAAUUAAAAAUGAUUAAGGCUAAUUCUAAGCAUCUCCAAGGCAUUCCAUUUAGCAAAAAUUUUAAUAGAAAAGCUGAUAGCCUUUCUUUGUUUUGUAAGAACUCUUCGAUGUCAAAUUUAAUUCAAAUUAUUCGAAAACUCCGCCACAAGAGACUUCUCAUGCAUUCCUCGAAAUAAAAAGGUAGAUAGUAGUAACAAGAUUCUAACAUUGGCAUAGUAGAUAUGUAACACUUAGGGCUAACACUCUGGGC